AUGGGGGAAUCACUGAGUAAAGCAACGCAGCCAGAAGAAUUAGCUGUUUUCAAGAAAUUACCUACCAACGCUCUACUGGAUAGCAUUGAAAUUCCGGAAAGGGCGGAAAAUCGAAAGCCCACGGACAAAAAAUUCAUCAUUGUGUUUGCAGUUGUUGUCGUUUUACUAUUUCCAUUCCUAAUAUAUUGCGUUGUGAAGGGAGACUUGUCAAGAUUAAAGGGUUACGAUCAAUGCGGUAACAUUUGUGGUCAAAAGAAUGCAAAAUAUGAAGCAUGGUCUUGCACGGGACAAGAUUACACGGAGCUUCCCUAUUUGGAAAUUGACUCUUCAUCUACAGAAGCAAUGGGCGAUAACUUAUUUAUCCUGACAUCGAGAAGAUGCGUGGCACGCUGUUCAACAGGAUAUAUAAAAAUAUUUUCAACUUGUUAUCGAUCGAAAGAAAGCUCGAGCUCGAACAGUUACGAUUUAGGAUAUAAUUCACAGUUCGAUAUGAAUGAUCGUUUCAAACGAGACACAGAGAUCGAGAAUUUGGAUGACAUCGGAAAUGGCAUGUCCAAGUAUUUGAGCAAGCACGCAUGGAGGAUAGUCCUGGCCUGUUUCAUAUCGUUGGGAGUGGGCAUUAUAAUGUUGGUUCUCUUCAAAACUGCCACAGCUGCUGUCGUUUGGGGUAUUUUGGGUGGUGUACUACUCUUUGGAGCGAUCCUCGUAGGUGGAAUGUGGUGGUUCUACUUAAACCCUCCAAAAAGCAUGGACACGAGCAGCGCCAAAGGGGGUAAAUCGAGCUUGUUGUUCUUGGCCAUAUUUUUCUCGGCAGUAUGGUUAGUUCUGGUAUUCGUGAUGAUUUUCAUGUACAAGAAGAUCCAGUUGGUGAUACAAUUACUGAAGGAGUCUACCAAGGCCGCCUUUGCUAUGCCGUUACUGAUUUUCGUUCCCAUAAUCACUUUCUUCGCCGAACUGAUUAUUCUAAGUCUGCUGGUGUUCUUCUCCCUUUAUAUCUACACCGCUGGUACGCUGACUGAACUGAUCGGUGGAUACUUGUACUACAAAGAAAACAUCGUGAUGACGAUAACGUUUGUCUUCAACAUCAUCGUAGCAUAUUGGUCUACGCAAUUUAUCAUCGGUAUACAAUACAUGGUCAUCGCCGGAGCAGUCGCAAAGUGGUAUUGGUCAAAGAACAAACAUAACCUGGAAAGCCCGAUCAAAGACAGCGCCAGCAUCGUAUUCAAAUUUCAUCUUGGUAGCAUCGCUUUUGGAUCACUGGUCCUUACCAUCAUCGCCAUUAUCAGAGCUCUGCUCACCUCUUUGACUAAGAACAAGAACCUUAAGGCUUGCGUCGACUUCUGCAUCGGCACCAUCGAAUCGUUCCUUAAAUUUUUAUCCAAGAAUUCGUACAUUCUUACAGCCAUGCACGGUAAACCUUUCUACAAAUCCGGAAAGAGAGCCGCCAAAAUAAUUUUCCAAAAUGCCGUCAACAUUGCCUCCGUCAACUAUGUCGGUGACUUUGUACUCGGAAUGGCUCAACUGUUGAUCGUAUUGAUAUCUUUGUUGAUCACUACAGCCAUUAUGCAGGGUGCCGAAUCAGACUACUCGUUCCUUGUUUACCUUAUCGUAUUCUUUGUAUCACUCUUCAUUGCUGUAACGUUCUUCGCUACAUUUGAGACCACAAUCGAUACCCUCUUCCUAUGCUUCUGCGAAGACAGCCUUCUCAAUGACGGCAUGGCACGUCCAUACGCCAUGUCUCGCGACCUAAUGGAGUUUGUGGAGAACUCAAAGAAGUUAUAUGGCGAUAAAAACUAG